AUGACCGAUGGGAGGAUGAAAGGCUACCUGGACCAGCAAGUGCCUUAUACUUCUGCACAGAAAUUGCCAGGAAAUGGAACCCUGGAUGGCAGGCUUAUGAUGGCUGUGAGGAGAAAAGCCAUGGAUCCGAGCGUCCCCCAAGUCCCAGAUUCAGAAGAUCUUUUCCAGGACCUAAACCAGUUUCAAGAAGUCUGGCUAACUGAAGCUCAGGUUCCAGACAGCGAUGAACAAUUUGUGCCUGACUGCCAUUCCGAAAACUUAGCCCUUCACAGCCCACCAGCAAAAAUCAAAAAGGAACCACAGAGUCCAUGCUCAGAAGCAUCUGGGUCUUGUAGACACAGGCAGCCAUUUCAGUACCGCAAUGGAGGGCAGUGCCUUUAUGCCAGGCAAGACUCAAAUUUCAUGAGCUCCCAAGGCUCAGCCCAGGCUAUACCUGGCCGGACAUACCUUAUGGAACACAGAUCCUUGUACCAGAUGCCUCCUGAAACGGGCCAACCCUUCUCCACCUCCCAAGGCUUGGGAGCAGAUGCCCCAGCUGCAUACCAACGCCCGUUGUCUGCCCCAUGCCUGCCGUACCCCCCGCAGGGCUUCAAGCAAGAGUUCCAUGACCCCAUGUACGAGCAGGCAAACACGGCAAGCGGCGGCGGAUCCCGGUACACAGCAGGGAUGGUGAUCAAGCAAGAGCAGAUGGAUUAUGGUUUCGAUGCAGAUGUUCCCAGCUGCCAUUCGAUGUACGCAAGCAUGGAGGGAUUCCCGAAUCGUUCCAACCCUGAUGGGUACGGUUAUGAGAAGCAGAUGCGUCUGUUUGCUGACGACGUUUGCAUUGUCCCAGAGAAGCUUGAAGGAGACAUCAAGCAAGAAGUGGGCAGCUACCGAGAGGGCCCUCCUUAUCAACGGCGGGGGUCUCUGCAACUCUGGCAGUUCCUGGUCGCUUUGCUCGACGACCCCAGCAACUCCCAUUUCAUUGCCUGGACCGGCCGAGGGAUGGAGUUCAAACUCAUUGAACCAGAAGAGGUGGCCCGACUUUGGGGUAUCCAGAAGAACCGGCCGGCCAUGAACUACGACAAGCUGAGUCGUUCGCUGCGUUACUAUUAUGAAAAGGGAAUUAUGCAAAAGGUGGCAGGCGAGCGUUACGUGUACAAAUUUGUUUGCGAGCCGGAAGCCCUCUUCUCGCUGGCCUUUCCCGACAAUCAGCGCCCAUCCUUGAAGGCGGAGUUCGAGUGGCACAUCAGCGAAGAAGACACAGUGCCUCUCUCACACCUCGACGAGGGUGUUGCCUACUUGCAAGAUCUGGGGGGGCAGCCUUACGGCAAAGGCUAUACAUACUGACAGGAUGGACAGUUCAGAUAGGGCCACGUUUGUGUGUACAUAUAUAUAAAGAUCUUUGUCAUUAAUCGCCAGUAUAGAUAUUGCCUUUCCUCUCCUAGGGUUGGAGCAAAAUGUACAGUGGUGCACCCUGGGGAG